GUUUUGACGUGUGGAGGGGCGGGGCGGAGGUCGGCAUCAUGGCGGAGUCCAGCUGAGCGCGCGGGUUAGGCGAUACUUUAUUCAAGAGAACUUAAGACAAAUUGCAUAAAUCAAGAUGCCUGCUGCUUGUGAUUCACUGCUUGAAGAUAUUGAGGAUAUUGUGUCAGCACAAGAUGUGAAACCACAUGACCGACAGUUUGCACGAAAGAAUGUUGUUCCUAAAGUGCGAAAACGCAGUUCACAAAAAAAUGUUCAGGCGGAUGAUGAUCCACCAAGUGAUAGCAUUAUUCCCGGUGCACAAAAAAUCUGGAUACGCACAUGGGGAUGUUCUCAUAAUAAUUCAGAUGGAGAAUAUAUGGCUGGACAGUUGGCUUCUUAUGGGUACAAAAUUACAGAGAACGCCGCAGAAGCAGACUUGUGGCUUCUUAACAGUUGCACGGUAAAAAGCCCAGCUGAAGAUCACUUCAGAAACUCAAUUAAGAAAGCCCAAGACGACGACAAGAAAGUGGUUUUAGCUGGAUGUGUUCCACAAGCCCAGCCUCGUCAAGACUACCUCAAAGGUCUGAGCAUUAUAGGGGUUCAGCAAAUAGACCGUGUAGUAGAAGUUGUGGAGGAAACUAUUAAAGGUCACUCUGUGAGACUGCUGGGUCAGAAAAAAGAUAAUGGAAAACGGCUGGGGGGAGCUCGAUUGGAUUUGCCAAAGAUUAGGAAGAACCCACUGAUAGAAAUCAUUUCCAUCAAUACAGGGUGUCUCAAUGCAUGUACCUAUUGCAAAACCAAACAUGCCAGAGGAGACCUAGCAAGUUAUCCAAUUGAAGAACUAGUGGACAGAGCCAAACAGUCUUUCCAAGAGGGUGUUUGUGAGAUAUGGCUGACCAGCGAAGAUACAGGGGCUUAUGGCAGAGACAUUGGCACAGACCUUCCUACACUUCUGUGGAAGCUGGUUGACGUUAUUCCUGAGGGAGCUAUGCUGAGACUUGGCAUGACAAAUCCUCCCUAUAUUUUAGAGCAUCUGGAGGAAAUGGCAAAGAUUCUCAAUCAUCCAAGAGUAUAUGCUUUUCUUCACAUACCAGUCCAAUCUGCUUCUGACAGCAUACUCAUGGACAUGAAAAGAGAAUACUGUGUGGCAGACUUCAAACGGGUAGUGGAUUUCCUUAAAGAAAAAGUGCCUGGAAUAACAAUUGCUACAGAUAUCAUCUGUGGUUUUCCAGGGGAGACAGAUGAAGAUUUUCAAGACACCAUGAAACUUGUAGAAGAGUACAGGUUUCCAAGCCUCUUUAUUAAUCAGUUUUACCCACGUCCAGGGACUCCUGCUGCAAAAGUACAUCAAGUUCCAGCCCUAGUGAAAAAGCAAAGAACAAAGGAUCUAUCCCAACUAUUUCAUUCAUACAGUCCUUAUGAUCAUAAGGUUGGUGAGAGACAGAGAGUUCUGGUAACAGAAGAAUCUUUUGAUUCCCAGUUUUAUGUUGCUCACAAUCAAUUCUACGAGCAGGUUCUCGUGCCAAAGGAUCCUGAAUUCAUGGGUAAAAUGGUAGAAGUGGACAUUUAUGAAGCAGGGAAACAUUUUAUGAAGGGGCGGCCAGUGUCAGAUGCCAAUGUGUUCACUCCAUCCAUCACCAGACCGCUAGCAAAAGGAGAGGUUUCCGGUAUAACAGAGGUGUGGCCCCAAUGGACACUGCUGGUCAAAAAUCUCCAACGAAUGCAUAGGGCGCAUGUGCACCAAGAGUGGAACCUGUGGACAACACAUCUUGAAGAACUACUGCUACUGUUAGGAGGUGGCUGUAUGUGGCAGAACAAGUGGUCUUUGGAUAUGAAGACUUUGGGGAUCUUUUGGCACAAAAGAAAUCUAGCACCAAAGGGCUUGAUCUCAAUGGGAACUGAGCAGUUCUGCUCCUAUUAACUUCAUUGGGAGCUGACGGUACUCAGCACUUUGCAGGAAGCACCCAACCCUUCACAGCAAUAAAGCCAACAACAGGAGGAGAAAUCUAGGUGGAGAUGUUUUAUUUCUGUCAUGCAAGCUGAAGACAUUACAAUACAGCCUCUCUCCCCUGGUUCGGAUCAUCAGAGGCAUUUCAAGCUGAAGCCCAGAUGGUACAAACAAAAAGGGUGGACUGCUGACAAGGCACUCUCUUUGGGGGCUCUGCCACUCUGGAAUUCACCUGAUGGUCAGAAAUAGCCUGAAUUUAAGGACCAUCAGGGUACGGUGCAAAUCUUAGCUUUUUUUACAGGCUUUUGAACAUGACAGAGAAUUGAGAGGGUGGUGAGCUGCUGGAGAAGAAGGGUGGUUUCAGCUUUUGAUUUGCUUUGGAUUCUGGCUGUGGGUCAUACUGAAUGUCAUUGAUUCAUGUUAGCUAAGUUGGAGUGUUCUUUUGAGGUUUUGUGUACUUUCAAAUUAUAUCAGGGGGGCGUAGAGCAUAUGGACAGAUACCCUUUUUUAAUGUGUGCAUAUAAAUACAAGAUAUGUAAAGUAAAGGUCUGUCUGGUUUCCAUUUUAGGGACCAUGGAAAUAUAAAUGCUGCUGUAAGCAACCAAAUAUUCAUGACCAUGACUAGUGCUUAGAUAAUAAUGGCAGCUCAGCAGCUACACACAGCUAAGUAAAUAAUCAGGCACCUACAGACUUUAGCAUAUGAAGACAUUUAUUCUUCUUUAACUAUUAAUGUGCAUUUUGGUCUCUCCUCUUUCACUCUUAAGCAGUUGCAUGCUAAAACCACACAAGGCCACAUUCUGACUCUAUUUGGUUCCCCUUCCCUCCCACACAAAUGGAUACAAAUUAAUGCUGGUAUUACUGCCCAAAAUUACUUGUUUUCUAUAUCUUUUUAUUGUGUUUAUAUAGUACCUAGCACAAUCACGGCCUAAUCCCUGAGUGUGGUUCCCUGGUACUACCACAAUACAGAUAAGUUUUAUUUUGCACCCACAUUCUCAUCAGCUCAGGAUCCCCAACCAGCUGUCCACACAAAUUAUUUCUGGACAAAACAAGAGUAUUCUGGACAGGUAAGGAUGGAAAGUGGCCACAGUGAUUCGUGGAUCAGCACUAAAACAUGUGGCCCCGAUCUCCAAGUACCACUUGGAAACAGCUCUCUAUGGUGGACUAUGAGUAUCAAUUCCACAGAUUUUCAGGGAUUGGGACAUAUUAACUAUGUCCUGGCUUUCCUUUCAGAGUGAUGAGCUGCCAAAAUCUUAGGAACCGGUUCCCUAUCGGGUCUACGGCGGCAGCAGGUCCUUCAGUGUUGGAGCGAGUGAAGGACCCGCCGCCGAAGUGCCGCUGAAGACCCGGUAGGGAACUGCCCAGUGAGUACAAGCCCCACCAUCUCCCAAAACAGCCUAUC